AGAACGGGGCCAGCGAGCUGAAGACGCGGCUCGCUCGAAGCGCGGGCGAGGGCAGUCCGCUCCCUUCGUCGCUCGCCGGCGGCGCGCGAGGCGGUGUGCCGGCGGCUCGCGCCGUCCGCCGCCCGACCUCAGUCGCCGUCGCGGACAGCGGACGGCAUGCGGAGCGCGGCCGGCACUGGCGGCAGCUCCAACGCUAGCGCGGGGCUCGUCACUCGGAGCUACGACGUCUGGUUCAAUGUUGAUGCGGCGACGACUUCGGCGAGCGCCGAGGCGGCUGCGGCCGUCGACGGACCGUCACCCGUGCACCUUCUCUGCACCAGCCUCGGGGCCACCGUCGGACUCGUCCUCAACGCGUACAUCCUCGUCGUGCUCUUAUGGCAGCGCCAGUUCCGCACGGCCAACAGCCUGCUCCUUCUGCACCUGGCGUUCGUCGACAGCGUGUUCUGCCUGCUGGUGCUCGGGUCGAACGCCGUGUUCGGCGGGCUCUCCGCCCCGGCGGACGUGAUCGACUCCUCCGGUGCGUGCUACGUGCAGGGCGUCCUGUGGGCCGUCGUGCCUGCCGUGGCGGUGUGGACGCUGUGCGGCCUCAGCUGCGACCGGUACGCGGCAAUCGCGACGCCGCUCCACUACUCGCGCCUGGUGAACACGCGGCGGACGUGCGCGUUCCUCGGCGUGUCCUGGAUCGUCGUAGCGGGGGCGGCUGUGCCCCCCCUAGCGGGAGUGUGUCCUUACUCGUACGGUCCAUCGCGAUGCGUUUGCGUGGCAGCGUGUGCAGGCAGCAGCCAGGACGUGCAAGCCGGGACCGCGAGUUCGUCGCCUGUGGGACUGGGAUACGCGCUCAGCUACGUGUGGCUGGCGCUCGUCUUCCCCGCGUCGCUCAUCGUCGCCAGCAACCUGCAGGUGAUGCUCAUCGCGCGGACGCACAGGCAUCGCAUCGUGGCCGCCAUCUACGAGGUGACCCUUCGGGCGCAGGCGACGGUGACGCACCAGCGCAAUCCGUGGUACCUGGCCCGAUUCCGGGGCCGCAGCGCCCUGCUGUCGACGGCCCAGCUGGUGGCCUCGCUGGCACUGCUGACGGCGCCGCACUUCGCUCUUCUGCUGUGGGAAGCCUCGACGGGCCGCCGCACUCCACCGCUGCUCGGCUCGGCCACUACGGUGCUGCUGUGCUGGAGUCCGUGCGCGCACGCGUACGUGUACGGUGUGCGCAGCCGGGCGCUGCGGCAGACGUUCAAGGACCUGAUCCGGAGGCACGUCUACCGGCAACAGGUAUGCCGCGAGGUCGCCCGGCGUGUGUCCGCUGCCAACGGCGGGACGCCCGGCCGACCGAAGCUCAUCCGUCGCUUCUCGGCCCCCGACGGCCUGGGCUCCUCCUCUGUGGUCGUGACCAACGCGCGUCGGGCGCUGCCCCGGAGGGCGUCCGAGAAGUGCAUGCUGCUGCGCUCGGGCAGCAGCAGCCUGACGGGAGCCGGCAGCUGCGGCAUCGGUGGCGCGGGCGCCGCCGUGCUGUGCGCGGCGAUGCCAUCGUCGGCGCCCUCGACGCGCCGCUCCUUGCUGAUGCUGGAGCCGGCGACGAAGCCCAGCAGCCGGGCCUCCGUGUUUCCCCUCAUACUGGAGCACGGCCUCAGCGAAGAGGACGAACGAGGACCGCUCGGAGGUGGCCUGCGGACAGACGACGAUGACGACGACGACAUGUCGCGGUCCAGGUCACCGCCGUCGAGGGCCACGCCCGACUCCACAGACACGAGGGCAUUCACUGUGUGAGCAAAGAGGAAAAGCGUUAAUGUCCAGAACCGGGCACAGUGGAAGCUGUCGCGCACCUUCUACCUCGCCCUGCUGCUGUCGGACAGCCGUUGGAGGUCUCGUGGCUGUCCCGGGGAACAGCUGCAAGCUGACCGGCAAAGCCAA